AUGGCGGCUCCUCCGCCUCGAGGGCUCUCCCUCUAUGACAACCUCCACGAUCCCAAUGACCCGCCCGCGUCGGCCACGAUAUCCUCCGCGCCAGUGACCUACAAACAGGGCGGAGCUGCCGCCGAUGAUCAGGCACCGAAGAAAGCCAUCAAUGCGGCCCUCCAAUUCCAACCCAUCCGACGACCACAGGUGAAGCAGCCGAAAGCCAAAUCCGCAUUCCCAAAGGCAAUUCCCAAACCUACUGCAGAUCCAGUGACGACUACAACUGCCACUGCCACUGCCACUGGAACUGGAGCGUCGCAGUCAGUACCGCAUCAGAGCACCCUUGCUGAUUGGGUAGCGACAGAGGAAGAUGAGUGGAUGUAUGGCGUUGGAGAGAAGCGCCAGCGCGGCGGCCGCAAGAAGAAGAAGAGGAAGCAGGACGAGCAGUUCGAGACGGACUGGGACGAAAUGUACGAUCCGUCGAGGCCAACAAACGUCGAUGAGUUUCUCAAGAGCGACGAGAAAGUAGCAGAGGUGCAGGAGUGGAAGGGUCUGCUAUAUCGGCACCGAAAGAGACCAGAUGAAAGCGACGUAUCAGACUCUGAGGACGAGGGAACGCGCGCGGCACCUCCCAACCAGUUUGCUCCGCCUACUUCUUACAAUUUUGCGCCUCCUCCAAAAUCUCCUCCAACCGCUCCACCACAAGAUGAAACUGCAGAUGAGGCUUAUGCCCGCCGUCUAGCCCUCUCAUCAACAGAACAACCACCACCACCUCCUCCUCCUCCACAGCUUUCUGAUUCAUCAAUACCUCUCGCUCCUCCUCCUCCUCCUCCUCCUCCUCCACCUUCAGAUUCUGUCUCGAUAUCCAAAGCCCCCGUCCGUUAUACCCAACCCACCCAAUCACUCAACAACACCGAAGACGGCGAAGACGAAGGCUACUCCUUACCCCCCAGUUUCAGUCACACCAAUCAAGACGACGACAAUGACGAUACCCCCCAAGACUCCUCCCAACCACGAUCCAACCGCCCUGGCCAAGUCGGCUUCGCCCAGCGCCUUAUGAGCAAAUAUGGCUGGACAAAGGGCGCCGCCCUCGGCGCCAACGAAUCAGGCCUCCUCAACCCCUUGCGCGUGCAAGUCGAAAAGAGACGCAAAAAGGCCGAUGCAGACGGCGGCGGAUGGGCCGAACCGGGAGGCAAGGGCAAGAUCGUCGGCGGCAAACGCAAGGACGAGGCCGGCGGCAAGUUUGGCACCAUGAGUGAGGUCAUUGUGCUUCAGAACAUGCUGGAAAACAUGCCCGACCUUGAAGCGGAAAUUGCAGACGGGUUAGGUCAGGAAAUUGGCGGAGAAUGCGGUGAAAAGUAUGGACGAGUUGAGAGACUAUACAUCAACGUCGAGACCCGCCAAGUCUUUAUCAAAUUCACAGACCAGGUGUCUGCUCUACGAGCGGUAAAUGAAUUAGACGGCCGCGUUUUCAACGGCAACAACAUCAUUCCAAAAUUUUAUGAUACUGAAGAUUUUGAAAGGGGGGUUUACACAGCUAAAUAA